CUAUGGUCCAUGUAGAGACAGUGUUGUGCCUAACAGUCCAGGCUCCAGGGGUAGUCCAGGAAUUUAAAAUGAUAUUUAAAAUGGUUAAAAAUAGUUUCCUAACUUUUCUGUUUUAAAGAAAGGCUUAUAUUCUCAGAACAGAUUACGUUUUGAACAAUUACAAGCAAAGAAAGCUACAAAAAUUAUGCUGAGCAAAGUACAAACAGAAUAAGACAAUGCUAUCAUGUAAAGUGUUCGUAUGUGAUGACACGCUUGUUUGUUGCAGUUGUUAAGGAUCUGUUCCAGGAAGAAAAGCAGGAAUGGCCUCAAAGGAAGUGAAGGAUAAUAGGAACCCAGAGCCGGGGGACUUGAUUGAAAUGUUCCGACCCCUCUAUCAGCACUGGGCUGUUUACAUUGGUGAUGACUUUGUCGUUCACUUCAUCGCAGAGUCAGCAGAUGAAACAGGUGGGCUGCUUGUUUUUGCUGACAAGGGUUUGGUGAAAAAAGAAAAACUGAUGGACGUGGUCGGAACCAGUCGAUGGAGAGUCAACAACAUUCUGGAUCACAAGUAUAAACCCCGGCCGGGUAAAGAUAUUGUGAGAAAAGCCUGUGCUCGGAUCGGUGAGGAGAGCCCGUACACAGUCAUUCAAAAGAACUGUGAGCACUUUGCUACAGAAAUGCGCUACGGCAAAGCGGAGUCCCAGCAGGGGAAUAAACCAGCAGACAUUUUGAUCAAAACCAUAUCUGCACUACAUGAUGCAACAAAGAAGUGAAGAAGUGAAUGAAGUCAGAGGUCUCUGGUCCUAAUUAACAGACCACCAGCAAUGAUAAAUAAAGUCAUUAUUAAAACUA